AUGUCAGUUAUAGCUAAAGAUGUAUCUUCUAUAUUACUAAUUUUUUCCCCUACUGAGCAUAAGAAAUCUAGUUGUAAAGAGUUAGAAGGUCUAUUAACAAUAGAUAAAAUAAAAUUAUAA